CCACUGAUCAUUUUCUGAAUUUUCUCCCAUUUCUUCCUCUAAUAAUCCCUCCCUACAUUCGCCACUCCCAUGCCUCGAAAACGGGAGGAUUCAACUCCCAGGCGGAGGUCUAAGAGAGGGAGGCCUGAGCCGGCGGAGGCGGAGGCGGAGGAGGAGGAGGGUUUGGGAGGAGUCCCGGCUGUGGAGGAAGAAGAUGGCUCUGCUCGCGUGAUUCUGGCUAAGUGUAGCGGCGACGAGCCGCCCAGGCGGAAGGUGCCGAGGGAUGCGGUGGCAAAUGAGGAUGAGAAUGUGUUUAUUGGUGAGCCGGUUCCGGCAGUGGAAGCCCGGCAGCGCUGGCCUCACCGUUAUCAACAGCCUAAGGAACAAACAAAUGAAAGAAGACAGCGCUUAAAUAGUCAGGAUGAGCUUGAAGACAGAAUUCUGGCCAAAUGCCAUUUUACUAGGUUGAAGGUUGAUGACCAGAUUUAUUGCCUGGAGGAUGAUGCAUAUGUGAAAGCAGCAGAAAAUGAAGAGAAUUAUAUCUGUAAAAUUGUUGAGAUGUUUGAAGCGGUUGAUGGGAUGCGUUAUUUCACAGCUCAAUGGUUCUAUAGAGCUAAAGAUACUGUUAUUAAAACGCAUGACAAUUUAAUUGACAGAAGGCGUGUCUUCCUUUCUGAAGUUAAGGAUGAUAAUCCCAUCGAUUGCCUUGUCCAAAAGUUGAAUUUACAUCGCCUGACCCCUAAUGCAAAUUCAGAUUUUACAAGUGUUCAAGUUGAGUGCGACUUUUAUUAUGAUAUGAUGUACCUUUUACCUUACUCAACAUUUAUAAGCUUGCCACCUGAUAUUACUGAUGAAGCUGUUAGUGAAUCAGAUUCUACAAUAUCCAGCGAAAAUGAUACUGCAGAAAGCAAAGACCGCGCGUUGGAAAAGACCCUCCUUGAUUUGUAUUCUGGUUGUGGUGCAAUGUCCACUGGUUUAUGCUUAGGAGCUGAUAAUUAUGGUGUUAAGCUUGUUACUAAAUGGGCAGUGGAUUUUAACAAACAUGCAUGUGAUAGUUUGAGAUUGAAUCAUCCAGAGACACAGGUUAGAAAUGAACCAGCUGAUGAUUUUUUGUGUCUCUUGAGGGAAUGGGAGCGCCUUUGUGUUUCCUGCUCCUUAAUAAAAAGCAACUCACUACCACACCCUUGUCUAAAUCUUGCAAACCACAAUAAUGGCGAGAGCGAUAAUAGUCAUGAAGAAGAUGAUGAAGAGCCUAGAAGUGACACAGAUGAUGAAAUAUAUGAAGUUGAACUAAUAUUAGAUGUUUGCUUUGGGGAUCUAAAAGAAACAGGAAAGUCUGAACUGUACUUCAAGAUACGCUGGAAAGGUUAUGAUGCAGCUAGUGACACAUGGGAACCUAUAGAAGGUUUGAGUGACUGUCAGCAAAAAUUGAAGGAGUUUGUAGAAAAUGGGGUUAAAGCAAAAAUUUUGCCUUUGCCUGGUCAUGUUGAUGUUAUAUGCGGUGGUCCUCCUUGCCAAGGCAUCAGUGGAUUCAACCGUUUUAGGAAAAGUGAGAAUCCGUUGGAGGAUCCCAAGAACAAGCAGCUAGAAGUUUUCAUGGAUAUUGUAAAGUUCUUGAAGCCACGGUUUGUACUGAUGGAAAAUGUUGUUGAUAUAGUCAAGUUUUCACAUGGUUUUCUUGGGAGAUAUGCACUAGGUCGACUUGUAGGGAUGAAUUAUCAAGCACGCCUAGGAAUAAUGGCAGCUGGAGCAUAUGGACUCCCACAAUUUCGAAUGCGUGUUUUUAUGUGGGGUGCCCUUCCUGGAGAAAAGUUGCCGCAGUAUCCCCUGCCAACACAUAAUGUUGUUAUGCGAGGUUCUGUUCCUACAGAGUUUGAGUCAAACACCGUUGCGUAUGAUGAAGGACAUGGUACUCGACUAAAGAUGGCGCUUUUCCUUGGUGAUGCAAUCUCUGAUCUUCCUCCUGUGAAGAAUGAUGAAUCAAGAGAUGAAAGGGAAUAUGUUGAUGAGCCUAAGACUGGGUUUCAAAAUUUCAUAAGAUUAGGGAAGGAUGGAAAGCCAGGGUGUAUUUUGCAUGACCAUCGUCCGCUUCAGCUAAAUGAAGAUGAUUAUAGAAGAGUGUGUAAUAUUCCCAAGUUGAAGGGUGCUAACUUCAGGGAUUUGACUGGUGUUCUUGUUCGUGAUAACAAAGUUGAAUGGGAUCCGAAAGUUGAAAGAGUGUACUUGCCUUCAGGCAAACCCUUGGUUCCUGACUAUGCAAUGACUUUCUGUGGAGGGACUUCCUCAGAGCCAUUUGCUCGGCUUUGGUGGGAUGAAACUGUUCCAACUGUUGUAACAAGGGCUCAGCCUCAUAAUCGGGCCAUUUUGCAUCCUGAGCAGGAUAGGGUUCUUACAGUCCGUGAAAAUGCACGGUUGCAAGGUUUCCCUGACUACUACAAACUUUGUGGAUCAAUUAAAGAUAGAUACAUACAAGUGGGGAAUGCAGUUGCUGUGCCAGUGGCAAGAGCCUUAGGAUACUCACUUGCAAUGGCCUUUAAAGGACAAUCCGCAAGAGAACCUUUGCUCCGCUUACCAGAGGGAUUUCCUGAAGCUAUCGUGCCUGCCAACCAAACAUUGUCUGGGGCAUCUCGGUGAUCCCAUGAUAACUCACAUAUGUUAAUGCAUUAUUCUUAGAACAUUGUGUUAACACAUUCAUUCAGGUGUUAGGAUAUGAUAGACUAUUGUAAUCUUUUAGUUCAUGGGAAUUGGGAAGUAAUGAGGUUGAUCAGUUUUUCUGGCAAUGUCUUCAUGCUUAAACUUGUCAACCUCCAAACAAGACUGGUUUCUGUACUGAUUGGAUUUCAAUUUAGUCCUUUUCUCAUUCUA